CUCAAAUUUAUUGUGCCUGGCGAGGCAGAUGAGAUGAAGGAACUUGCACGCUACGUUUACAUCUUGUUUUACAUAUUCGGAGGUAUUGUACCUUACGUGCCACAGUAUAUGGAAAUACGACGUCUACACAGCAUCAAAGGUUUCUCCACAUACGUGUGUCUGACACUUCUGAUUGCUAAUCUCCUUCGUGUAUGCUUUUGGUUUGUUCACCCCUUCUCAACACCACUUCUGGUUCAAAGUCUGGUGAUGAUCGCUACAAUGCUGGUAAUGAUGCACCUCGCAGCCAAUGUGCUUGCAUCCUAUGAUCGGGAACAUCUUUCUGUUCAUAAAGAACUCCCUGUUGGUGUGAAUCCAACUAUUUGGAGUUCUCCUGUAACUUGUUUCUGGAAAUGGACCGACUUCACAAGCUACGCACUGUUCACCGCACUCUUCAUGGCUGUCGCUUCGGGGACAACAUACCUACUCUCCAGUAGUCCCGUGUUCGUACAAUUGCUAGGGUUCGUAGCGUUGUUUAUCGAAGCCCUGCUUGGUCUGCCUCAGUUGCUCAAAAACUAUCGAAACAAGUCCACGAAGGGGAUGAGCCUCAUGAUGGUGGCCCUCUGGACAGUUGGAGAUGUGGGCAAAAGCGUCUUUUUCAUGCUGGAAGGUGCUCCGUUCGUUUUCCCGCUGUGUGGUUGGUUCCAAGUCACGUUGGACUGUUUUAUUUUCGGACAGUAUGUCUACUACAAUUAGACACCUUGCCUGGUCAGACGCAUGAACGAAGAUCAACUUAUAUGGAAGUACGUAGAAUGUGCUUCAACGUCGUGGCUAGCAUUGUAUAUGAAGACAUCCGAAUAGCUGGCAUCUGUCUUUGAAUAAGCUGUUGUAGCAUUGGCCUUUUGGACUUAUUUUGUGCACCGAUACAAUCCUCCAUGACCCUUAUUUUGAUCGCGUUGUCAACGAUCUUUCGCACCCACUUGUCACUUUUCAACCGCAUAUCAGCAAUUUCCUUCCAGCAGAGCGUUUUGAAUUUCAGUUGCCCACCCACUCAACGAAGUCGCACAAACUCAGCAUCCGAACUAUUGAGUGACUGUUCAUCGAUGUUAUAUCUUGUGCCCUAUUGUAAACAGCUGUUUUCGUCUCGGAACUUAUAUUGUUCCGGAAAAUCGUCUUCAAAUUGACAUUUUUGACAAUUCUUAAUACUGUACUUUCGAAUUUUGAUAGAAUUAUAGUGUUGCAUGCUUCCAAGUCGUUAUUCACUCCCUUAUUGUUAUUUUCACUAAUUGUGGAUUAUUUAUUUUUUUCCGUGUGAUUUUUUCCGCCAUAAUUCACUUGUGGUUGGUGCGCCUUGGAGCAUAAUUUCGCUUUCGUCUUGUUUUUCACAACCUUGUGUUUCCGAGUCCAAUUUUUGUUUGAAAGAAAUCAGUUUUUCUUGACUUGCACUUCAAUUCAU